CAGUCGGAAGGUGUCGUGCUCCAGCUUCUACAAUUAGGACUCUCGGAACGUGUGAUUAGAGCGAUCAUACCGGUCGGUGGAAGUCGCGUAGCAAGACUAAGGAAGGUGCUAGAGGUUGGAAUUGAGUCGUUGCUCACAAGGCGCGCAAAACUUACACCCUGGCACGCAUUCACGGAGGACGAUGUUGCUCGUCUCAAAGCGCAUUGUACUACGUGGAUAUUGGAGGAUGGGUUUCCGUGCGCCCACCGACACCCGCGGCAGUACUUCACUGAGCCCAAGCUGACGUGGAAGAUUGUACACACUCGCUAUGUGGACGAUAUCGCCCGAAUCAACCCAGAUGCCCACACACUAAGCUACUCCCGCUUCACCCAGUACAAGCGGUACUACUUUCCUGGUGUCCAUCUAAAACGAACAGCGGAGGAUGUCUGUGACUGCUGCGUU